GUCAUGUCCAGGGAUCGGUAUAAAGAGUUUAAAGAAUUAGCUGCUUCUAUCUCUACAGAGUCUCCAAACGUUAUUGAUAACUCAAAUGUCUGCCUGUCUCCUGCUCCAAAGGUAAAAACAGAAAAAAAGGGUUUUUUUUCAAAACUUGGUAAGAAAUUUCAGAACGAUGACUCUUCAAAGGUCUCAAGAAAUAGUAAAAGUGAAACUUCUCUUCCCUCUAAUGAAGUCCUCCAGAAAGUUAAAGAUGAGCAGGGAGAGGCUUUUGCCUGCAUGGUUUCUUGUAUGAUGGAAGAUGCUGACCAGCUCACCCGCGAGGCUAAAGCACUACGAGAACGAGCAAACACUCUGUAUCUCCAGUACAACGAUGCCGCCUUGACCUCUGAAACUACAGAAAUUCAGAAGGAAGUUACGCAAGUGGUGGAUUCAUUAAACCAGAUUUCAAAUAAGCUUAAAAAAUUGAUGCUUGACUUCGAAAAGGUCGAUCCACGUGACCAUCCCUUUUCACAAAAAAUUAAACAGUCGCACAUGAACUACUUUAAGGAAAAGUACUUUGAUCAUAUCAAUCAGCUUAUGACUUUACGAGGGAAGUUCGAUUCUGCAGUGAAUUCUAAGCGAAACCAACGAAACCAAACCUUCCUUUCAGUCUUUGGCGGCCAACAGAACUUGGAGAAAACCGGCGAUGGGGAAGGCGAGGAACUACAGUUUGCCGUUGUGGAUUUAGAGGAAUGGUACACCCACGUGUUAGACGAAGCUCAGGAACGAAAGGCCCAACUGGACAAACUGGAGAAAAGUUUAAUCACCGUUCACAGUUUGUUUAAAGAUUUAGCGGCGCUUGUUUAUGAGCAGAGCUACAAACUAAACACUAUUGAGGACGCUGUAAUGAGUACUGACGCUACCAUCACGCAAGCUAGGAUCGAACUAAAGGAAGGCAUUCGACAGCAGAAAAAACUGCGGAAAAAGCAAAUCACAACAGGUGCAAUGGUCGGCGUAGGUGCCGGGCUGACAGCUCUUAAACUAGCUGUUCCUACAGCUCUACCAUUUGUGUGA